AUGUUUUGCUAACUUUGUAAAAAAUUGCAGAAUAAUCAAAACAUGGCUAAUUUUGAGAAUGACAAGCGCCCAAUGUUGUCGGAUACAGAUGCACAACCAUACGAUGAACCUUCGGAUUCUAAAUUCCGAAGGAUGGUAACCAGGACUCAAAGCGCUUCAAUUUCUAUUCCCAUGAGUUCCUUGGAGUCAUAUGAGAAAGAAACUAGCCUUGUGGGACAUACUGGUCCACUUCUGAGCAAGAGAAAAACACCCUAUAUGCAUAUGAGUGGUCCAUUAUAUGCUACCACUGGAACUGGAAAUCUUUUGCAGAAGCAUGUUGUAUCGGGAAACAAAGCAGAUGACAGAAAGACAGAUAAUUUUUCUACUCUCCAUGGCUCAAGUUCAAAUUACCAAAAUAGUGACUAUGAUAGAAAAAAUGAACACUUACUAAGGUCUGGGCAACUGGGAAUGUGCAAUGAUCCUUAUUGUACUACUUGCCCUACUUACUUCAAUGCUUCUCAGCAAAGAAAUCCAAAAUCUUCUGCUAGAUGGGAUCCAAAGUUCCAUAAUGCUCUUUAUGGGGAUGCCAAGAGUUUUGUGAGGAAACUUCCUUCUUUAUUUUCUUCUUAUGUUCCUGGAGUUAUGAACCCUCACGCUAAAGUUGUACAAAAGUGGAGCAAAUUUUUGGCCAUUUUUUGCUUAAUUGGUAUUUUUGUGGACCCAUUGUUUUUCUUUUCACUCUAUGUGGAGAAGGUGAAUAAAUGCAUUGUUAUCAACUGGCCAUUGGCAACAACACUUGCUUUAGUUAGAUGCGUGAAUGAU